AUGUUUUCGACACAAGAAGACGAAAUUAUUGAUGUAUCAAAUACAUUAGAAGAAGAUCGUUUACCUGAAUCUUCACCACAAUCAGUAAAAGAUACUGAUUCUGUUUCGUUGAAAAAUAAUUCAAAACUUACAACUACUUCGUCAUCAUCAUCUAUCAAUGCAAAUAAACGUUACAUAUCGAAAUUUAAAAAAGAAUGGUUAUCGAAUCCAAGAUAUUCAUCAUUUUUAAAAGAAUGCAAAACUGAUCAAACAAAAGCAUUAUGUAUUAUUUGUAAUAUACAAUUCUCAAUCCAAAAUAGUGGUAUAGG